AUGUGUUUGAAGGAAGCUGAAAGCUCGUUUGGUAUGUCAUCAAUUAUUAUCGUUUGUUGUGGGAUUGCCUUCGUACUUAUCACUAUUGCGAUUUUGAUUAUUUUCUACAAAUAUCAGCAAAAGGAGCAUAAGAGAAAGCAAGAGUUAGCCGAAAAGAUGGAGAAAGAAGAAGAAGAGGAGAGGAAAGCUAGAAAAAGGAGAAGGAGGAGAAAGAAGAAACGAAAGCAUAGAUCGCGGCAAAAAAGGGAGCGCGCUCAAGCACAGCAAGACCAGAAUAACGACGUGCAAACGGCUCUGUAUGAUUACCUAGAAAAUCAGACGAAGAUUGGAUCAGAAAAGAAGCGAAACGAUGAGUCAGAUAAAAAGCGGAAAGAAAACGACGCAGACCCGGAAGAAAAAUCCACGAAGAUUUUAGAGAUGCGAAUCGAUGAACCACAAGACAAAUUAACACCAACAGCUGAUCCAGCCGUUGACAAGACGCAGGCCAAUGAUGCCAAUGAUGACGUCCUCAGACGAUUGACCAUGAUCAACAGUGAACUUAGCGCGCUGCCCCAAUCACUUUCAGGAAAGCCAGAGAAAGAAAAAGAUAAAUCGAAAUCAAGGUCAAGUAAGAAACAUCGGAAAAACAAAACGAAAUCUGAGUCAAGUAAGAAAAAGCGAGAGGACAAGAAGGACCAGACAUAUGAAAUUUAA